AUCACAGCAGAGAAUUUCCGGUGCGGACCGAAAGAAGCUCCGGCGGACCAUCAGAGAGCGUUUCCCGAAUGCCUCCGAUGCUGAUAUCGACACUUUACUUCCUCCUAAGGCUGAGUUCACAGUUUCAAAAUAUCCAAAUCGUAUUCUCAUAUAUGGUUUGGAGGGUGGUUGUCCUUUGUUUUUCGAUACAGAUGGGCGCGGCAACGAAAUAUUCCCCACAGUGUAUGCCCUGUGGAAGGUCCCAGAACUUUUGCCUGCUUUUGUGCUCAAGGCUGGUGAGGUUUCUCAUUUUGUGAUUGGGGGUGCAGACUUAAUGUUCCCUGGCAUUCGUAUUCCUGCUGACGGGUUGCCUUCAUUCUCAUCUGGGGAGGCAUGGACAGUGUUAGUUCCUGGAAAUCCUGCCCCUAUAGCUGUUGGGACUACUACCAUGAGUAGUACUGAAGCUCUGAGAGCUGGUUUGCGUGGAAAAGCUUUAAGAAUAUACCAUUAUUACCGAGACACGCUUUGGGAAGCAACAGAAAAUCCUUAUGUGCCAAAUGCUGGCUUUUUAGAAGAUGUUGUUUUUGAGGAUCCUGUCUUUGUGUCUACCUAUGAGGCCUCUGAAUCACAUGAAUGUGACGAUGCCAUAAAAAAUGCCAGCACCAAUGAUAAUGAAGGAGCAACAGAAGAUUCUGUGGAUAUUGUCACUUCCUCUAUUUGUGGUCCUAAAAUUCAACCUGAUGUUGCAAAUGAUGAUGCUCAGCUAAGUGAGGCUAUGAUUGAAUUGAAUGUGAUGGAGAACGUUUCUGCAGACGAAAUAAAAGAAGAUGGCCAGCACCCCCUAUCAGCUGAAGAGGUUGAUACACUUCUGGACAAAUGCCUGUUGCAUGCCUUGCAUGCCACUGUUAAAGAGAAGGACCUUCCCAUGCCUGGAAGCACGUUAUGGUCAAGUCACGUUCUUCCAUGCAGGCCUAAUGGCAUAUUAUUAGACAUAAAAAAGUCUUCUUACAAGAAACUAUCUAAGUGGCUACAAGCUAAAGCUUCUGUAGGAUUGAUCUCAGUAAAAGAAGAUAAACACAAGAAAGAGGUAAAUCUGCUUUCAGUUAAUCGGAAUCAUCCAGAGUAUCUGUCCUUCACGCCAGAGAAGAAGAAGGCCGAAAAGGCUGGGAAAUCUGGGGAUGAGUCUUCUAAUGAAGAUCAGUCUCCAAAACUACUAGAAGUAACUGAAAUUUAUAAACCAAGUGCUCAUGUGAAUCAAAUUUUUGCCGCUGUAGGAGUAAAUCUUGAUAAACUGUUCACUGCCUCAGAAGCUACUGAAAUAGUUUUCCAGUAUGUUGAGAAAGAGAAACUCGUUAAAGCAACAAACAAGUCUUUUGUCAUCCUGGACGCAAUUCUAUGUGAUGCACUAUUUAAGGGAGCAAUAAAAAAGGGAUCAACUUAUCCAACUGAAAUUCAUAAGAAGGAUUUAGGGUCAACUUUUGUUAACCGGAUGCAAGCCCAUCAUAGAGUUACAAGAGGAAAUGACAUAGCUAUUCGCAAAGGUGCUUUGAAGCCUAUUCAGAUAUUAACAGAAAGGAGACAAGGCAACAAGAAAGUGACUAAGCUUUCUGGGUUGGAAACUUUUUUAGUUGACGGUGAGGUAUUGGCUUCAGAGUUACAAAAGAAAUUUGCUUGUAGCACCUCAGUGACAGAACUUCCAGGUAAAAAGGGACUGGAGGUUUUGAUUCAAGGUGGUGUCAUUGAUGAUGUUGCAAGACAUUUAGUAGAACAUUAUGGCAUCCCAAAGAGGUUUAUUGAGGUUUAUGAUAAAACGAGGAAAUAAAUGUCGAGGUGAUAAAUUGUCGAUGCUCCAUCAGAAAGUGAGAGGAUAUCAGACAUGCCUGCGUGAUAUAGUGAGAUCUUCUAAUAAUACUUGUUAGGGUCUAAUCUUCACACACACAUAUAUAAUCAGUUAACGCUUCUAGGGCCUAAUCAUCGCAAUGAUUUGCAAGAGGGACGUGAGAUUUGUACUCCUUUUCAGUGCAUAUGUGUAGCUCGUUGUGUUCUGUGUUCUGUGUAUCCAAGUAUAUGCUUUUAUUCAAUGUUUGUUGAUCUAUUGAGG